AUGUUUUGGGUUGUAGAGCUUUUUGAGCGCGUCAUCCUCCAAACUGCUGUAGAAGGAGGAUUAGCCCAAAGUUUGAGUGAGAGUGAAAGACGGCCAUUGUUUUUCCUCUUAAUCCCAACUCUUUCCCUUUUAACUCCCUCUCUGCAGGUCGGCUUCCUAAAGACGCAGCACCGGUAUGAAAUAGUGUUCACGUUGCCCGAUGUCCCGGCUCUGGGGAAGGAUGUGUGUCCAGCGCCAGUGCCCAGUCCUCACCUCCGGAUCACUGAUAUCACACCGGCACCAGAGGGAGGUCUGAAGGUGACGUGUGAGUACAUGGCGCAGCAGGAGGGCGUUCUGUGUGAGGAGGUGCUGCUGCUGAGCGAGACCAACCAGGACGUCUGCAUUAAGGUCAAAGUUCACGCCAGAGUCAUGGAUCGUCACCACGGUACGCCCAUGCUGCUGGAGGGGGUGCGCUGCAUCGGGGUGGAGUUGGAGUACGACUCUGAACAGAGCGACUGGCAAGGAUUCGACUAAAGAUCCGGCUCCACUUCCAUCCAAAGUACACACACAUAUAUACACACACACACACACACACACACACACACACACACACACACACACACACACACACACACACACACACACACACACACACACACAUACCUGCCGUCAGAGAAGUGUACACAAAUACAGCAAAAAGGAAAACGCACAAAGGAUUUAGUGCCACGCAAUGUCCAAACAGUACGUUAAGCAGCCCAGUGUUCAGUGUUGGAUUCAGAGGAAACGUGCGUCCUUUACACACAAAAACAUUCCUCAACUGCAACAUCAACAACAUCUGAACACAGUUUCCUCCCAAUCCUCUUUUUGUCACCUUGAUGUAUUCAGUUGUACUUUCCUUACUGAGCCUCUAGAGGGCAGCCGCGCUCUUUGAAUCCGAUAUCAGAUCCCUUUUCACCUCUUCUCCUGACAUAUACACUGAAUGUGUUCAAAGGUAAGGGAGUAAACAAGGGCUCUUUUAUUCAUAAAGUAGCUUCAAAUUGACCUGUAGCAAAGGAAUAUACGUCAAGAGUUUGGUAGCUGAGUCUGUAAUGUCUCUGUUUCACCACAAGGGGGCACUUCAGACCAUCAAGUAAAGAUCCUUCAAUCUAAAGGCUUUUUUAUUUAUUGGACAAACUCCUUCAGUGUGGUCACAUUUCUCAGUUUAAAGUUAAAAUCCAACUACAGGGCUUUUACACUGCUCUAUAUCGUUACCCCGAGACAACUUAAGUUACUGAUUUUCUUGCAUAUCCCAGGAAAUCCCAAACAACAUGUGUGAACAUUAGCAAAAAAAAAAAAAAAGACAUGUAAUGUAAUUAGCAAGAAAGAGAGGCUUUCCUCCAAUAAAAACAGAA